GCACGGCGCAGCUGUGCCACUGCCAUCUAAUUGGAGGACAGCUCCCGUGCAAGGCUGCAAGUUAACUAGCGGGUCUCAUAAUUGGAUCACUACUAAAACUGGGUUCUGUCUCAUAAUUGGACCAGGACAGUGCUUGCGGAAACUAAUAUCGAUCACUGGCUUAGCAGCCGGUCUCAUCUCAUCUCUUAGUUAGCACUAUCCACUGUCUCCUCCAGACUCCUCUGAUCAUCCAUUUGAAACAGACGAAGUUUCGAGUUCUGGAUUAGUUAAGCGUUGGUUAGUGUUGUUGUGAGUUGCGACGGAUCGAUGGGCGAGAAGACCGGGAAGGCGUCGUUCCUGGAGAUGGUCCGGUACGCAGACCCGCACGACAUGUGCCUGAUGGCGCUGGGCAUGCUGGGGAGCCUCGGCGACGGCAUGAUGCAGCCGCUCGCGAUGCUCGUGCUCGGCGACAUCGUCAACAGCUACGGCGCCGUCGGGAGCGCCGGGACCGCCGGCAUCUCCUUCAGCUCCGACGCCGUCGACAAGUUCGCGCUUCGGUUGCUGUAUGUCGCGCUUGCAGUGGCCGUCUGCUCUUUUCUGGAGGGCGUGUGCUGGACAAGAACCGCGGAGCGGCAGGCGUCGAGGAUGAGGAGGCUGUACCUGGAGGCCGUGCUGCGGCAGGAGGUGGCCUUCUUCGACGCCGCGCCCUCCUCGCAGGCCACAACGUUCCGGGUCAUCUCCACCAUCUCCGACGACGCCGAUACCAUCCAGGACUUCCUCGGCGAGAAGCUGCCCAUGGUUCUGGCCAACGUGACGCUCUUCUUCGGCGCGCUGUCCGUGUCCUUCGUGUUCGCGUGGCGCCUGGCGCUGGCAGGCCUCCCCUUCACGCUGCUCUUCAUCGUGCCGACCGUGAUCCUCGGCAAGCGCAUGGCGGCCGCGGCCGGGGAGACGCGCGCGGCGUACGAGGCGGCCGGCGGCAUCGCCGAGCAGGCCGUGUCGUCCAUCCGGACCGUGGCGUCCUACAACGGUGAGCGGCAGACGCUGGAGCGGUUCAGGAGCGCGCUGGCAGUGAGCACGGCGCUGGGGAUCAAGCAGGGCCUCAUCAAGGGCGCCGUGAUCGGGAGCAUGGGCGUCAUCUACGCCGUCUGGUCCUUCAUGUCCUGGGUCGGCAGCCUCCUCGUCAUCCACCUCCACGCCCAGGGCGGCCACGUCUUCGUCGCCUCCAUCUGCAUCAUCUUGGCGGGAAUGUCCAUCAUGAUGGCGCUCCCGAACCUACGCUACUUCAUGGACGCCUCGGCGGCGGCGGCCCGGAUGCGGGGAAUGAUCGAGAAGCUGCCGCCUCUCAAGGAGGCCGUCAAGACCGGCGCCACCAGGGAGAGCGUCAGAGGCCGGAUCGAGUUCAAGGACGUGCGCUUUUCGUACCCGUCGAGGCCGGACACGCUAGUGCUCAACGGCAUCAACCUGACCAUUUCCGAAGGCGCGACCGUCGGCCUCGUCGGUGGCAGCGGGUCGGGGAAGUCCACCGUCGUCGCGCUGCUACAGCGGUUCUACAGCCCGGACACCGGGGCGGUAACGCUGGACGGGCACGACAUCGGCACGCUCAACGUGGAGUGGCUCAGGAGCCAGAUCGGCCUCGUCAGCCAAGAGCCCGUGCUAUUCGCCACGUCCAUCAAGGAGAACAUUUUGUUCGGCAACGAGACGGCGUCGCUGAAGCAAGUCGUGGACGCGGCCAAGAUGGCCAAUGCUCACGAGUUCAUCACCAAAUUGCCCAAUGGAUACGAAACACAAGUUGGGCAGUUCGGGACGCAGAUGUCGGGAGGACAGAAGCAGCGGAUCGCCAUUGCCCGCGCGCUCAUCCGGGACCCCAAGAUCCUGCUCCUGGACGAAGCGACGAGCGCGCUGGAUUCCCAGUCGGAGCGGACGGUGCAGGACGCGCUGGACCGGGCGUCCGUGGGCCGGACCACGGUCAUCGUGGCGCACCGCCUCUCGACGCUCCGCAAGGCCGACAAGAUCGCCGUUCUCGCCGAGGGCCGCGUCUUGGAGUUCGGCACGCACGACGAGCUCGUCGCCAUGGACGACGGAGGCGAAGGCGGCGUCUACGGCAAGAUGGUGAAGCUCCAGAACUCGUCCGUGGCGAGAAAUCAGGGGCGACAGCGCGUGGUCGAGCAGGAGGUGGAGGAGGAGAGCGACACGACGCAGUAUCACAGCUUGGAGAUCAUGGCGGCGGCGGCGGCCGCCGACGUCCGCGCUGCUAGCCCGGUGCCAUCGUUCGGAUCGGUCGAGCACAACACCGUGGAAGACGACGACAAACACGCGGCGGCUGCGGCCUCCUCCGGGCCCCGAGGCAAGCCGUCGCAGCUGCGUCUGCUCAAGAUGAACCGCCCCGAGUGGAAGCAGGCGGUGCUCGGGUGCGCCGGCGCCGUCGUAUUCGGGGCCGUGCUGCCGCUCUACUCGUACAGCCUGGGCGCGCUGCCGGCGGUGUACUUCCUCCCCGACGAGGCGCUCAUCCGCUCCAAGAUCAGGGCCUACUCGCUCAUCUUCCUGGCGAUCGCCGUGGUGUGCAUCACGGCCAACAUCGUGCAGCACUACAACUUCGCCGUGAUGGGCGAGCGGCUGACGGAGCGCGUGCGUGACCAGAUGCUGUCCAGGAUCCUGUCCUUCGAGGUCGGGUGGUUCGACGAGGACGACAACUCGAGCGCGGCCGUGUCCGCGCGCCUGGCCACGCAGGCCAGCAAGGUCCGGUCCCUCGUGGGCGACCGCAUCUGCCUGCUGGUGCAGGCGGGCGCCUCGGCGUCCCUGGGCUUCGCGCUGUCGCUGUCCGUGUCGUGGCGCCUGGCGUUGGUGAUGAUGGCCAUGCAGCCGCUCAUCAUCGCCAGCUUCUACUUCAAGAAGGUGCUCAUGACGGCCGGCUCCAAGAAGGCCAAGAAGGCGCAGGUGCAGGGCAGCCAGCUCGCCAGCGAGGCCGUCGUGAACCACCGGACCAUCACCGCCUUCUCAUCGCAGGGGCGGAUGCUGCAGCUGUACGAGGCCGCGCAGGAGGGUCCUCGGAAGGACACCAUGAUGCAGUCCUGGUUCUCGGGGUUCUGCCUCUGCCUGUGCCAGUUCAGCAACACGGGGAGCAUGGCGCUGGCGUUGUGGUACGGGGGCAAGCUCAUGGCCAGUGGGCUCAUCAACACCACGCACCUGUUCCAGGUGUUCUUCAUCCUCAUGACCAUGGGAAGAGUGAUCGCCGACGCUGGGACCCUGACGUCGGACUUGGCGCAAGGCGGCGACGCGGUGCGGUCCAUCCUCGACACUCUGGACCGUGAACCCAAGAUCAAAGACGCUGGCGACGAAUACUCAAGCGGGUCAGACAGCGACAAGAAGAAGAACCAGAAGGGGAUCAAAGGCGCCAUCGAGUUCAGGGACGCGCAUUUCACCUACCCGACGCGGCCCGAGGUGACAGUCCUUUCCGGUUUCAGCCUCGAGAUCGGUGCGGGCAAGACAGUGGCGCUGGUGGGGCCGAGCGGGUCAGGCAAGUCCACUGUGAUCGGGCUGAUCGAGAGGUUCUACGACGUGCAGAAAGGCUCGGUCCUGAUCGACGGCAGGGACAUCAGGCGUUACGCACUGACGCACCUCCGGUCGCACAUUGCGCUGGUGAGCCAGGAGCCCACGCUCUUCUCCGGCACGAUCCGCGACAACAUCAUGUACGGCGACGAGCACGCCACGGAGGACGAGGUUGCCAGCGCCGCCGCGCUCGCCAACGCGCACGAGUUCAUCAGCGCCAUGGAGAGCGGCUACGACACGCACAUCGGGGAGCGCGGGACGCAGCUGUCGGGCGGGCAGCGGCAGCGGAUCGCGCUGGCGAGGGCGGUGCUGAAGAACGCGAGGAUCCUGCUGCUGGACGAGGCGACGAGCGCGCUGGACACGGUGUCGGAGAGGCUGGUGCAGGACGCCGUGGACAGGAUGCUGCAGGGGAAGAGGACGUGCGUCGUCGUGGCGCACAGGCUCUCCACGGUGCAGAAGGCCGACAUGAUCGCCGUGGUGAAGGAGGGGAAGGUGGCGGAGAGAGGGACGCACCACGAGCUCGUCGCCGUCGGCCCUGCGGGGAUGUACUACAACCUCAUCAAGCUUCAGCACGGCACAUCGCCGUGCCAUAGUCCCAUGUGAUUAGUAUUAGAAGUUUAGAACAACCGUGUUUUCCGUUCCAGUCUUCCAGAUACAGUAAACACACCUUCAAAUGAAGCGAGAUUCGUACGA